GUGCCGUUAUCUUCUUCCGUGUUUUCAGCAUUUCCCUGUCGUUUGAAACAUUGAUUUUGGCAAUUUACAUAGCUGUUAUGGCUCUUAGAACUGCGGAAGCUGCUAAACUAGGUGGAUUACCUGAUGCUGAUGAUGAUGCUGCUAUGGCUGACUUUUGGGAUUUUUAUUCUUGAAGCUAAUUGAGAUGGCCAGUUAAUUUAUCUCUGAAAGGACCACAGCAUCGAGAUUUUUUUUUGUUAGAGCCUGUUGAGGACAAGCUUUGAAGACAGUAAUGUAUUCUUGUAUGGAUUUUGAAUCGAAUGUAAAUUCUGUGUUAUUAGAACCACGGAAACUGUUUAAAAGGGGAUUUGGUUGGUUUUUUCUUGAGAAGUAACAGGGAUGGAAGGGGCAUGAUUUUGUCGUGCUGAGCAAGUGUAAAUAUUGGUUUUUUUCGAGAGAAUUGCACUCAGAUUCGAUGCUGCAUUUAGGUCCGAGAGUGACUGCGGUGGUGAUAUUGGCAAGGAUGGCUGUUGUUGAGACUACUUCAACAGAUUUUCUUUUCUUCAGAAGAGAUCACGGCGGCGCGUAACUGAAAAGGAUUUGGAGAUGGGAUGGUGCAGUGCGUUCCUUGCAGUUGAUAUUGAUAUUGAAGAGGGGGUCUUUGCAAGAUGAAAGGGUAGUAAUAAUUGGAACACAAAGGAUGCAAGAUGUCAAGGCGCCAUUCGUGACUAACAAACCUAAUUGAGACCCAUGAACCAAGGACUCCAGCAAAAUGUCAAUCAGUAGCAGAUGUCAAGUGGGGAUGUCAAUUCUCUCAACCUCUCAACAACCACUUGGGCGAUAAUUUAUUGGUGAAUUUUUUUCGGCAGUGUAUGGACAUGGAAGAUCCUGCGUUUGAUUUCCAGUGGGAGUAGUACCCUUGUAAUCAUGCGAUAAGUUUUUAUCCAACUUAUCAUGUCGUCCGGAGAAACGGUUUGACGGUCCGGGUUUAUGCCCAUAAGGAUAUCAGACUCUCAGCUUUGCAGUAGUCGAUCGUUGGCAAAUGGCAAUGCAUUAAUGAAUAAGAUAAGCUAUGUCUCUACCUAGUGAUCCAUGUUAUUAAAAAUAUAUGUUUCUUGUUUGUGUUCCAAUUAUUACUGUUUUCUUAGGAAAUCUCCCUUAAAUAACCCUCAUGGAGAGGAUUGUGAGUACUGAAGUACCUUUGCUGUAACUCAAUUUCCUUUUGACUAAUACCAGUUCUUGUCUUUCCUAACCUUGUUGUUUAUGAACGUUCCAAAUUUCCUCGGGAAAAAAGAUUCACUAGGAAAUUCAAUGUGAUUCAGUCACUCUCUUCUUAUACCUGACAAAAAAAGGGAUAUAUCCAUGCAUAUUUUUUAAUGUCUAUUCAGAAUCUGUAAUACCCAUUUUUGUCACUUCUAUGCUUUCAUAGUGUCAUUGUAACUCUCUUCAUCAAUACCCAUUUCUGUCACUACUUUGCUGUCAUUGUAACUCUCUUCACAUACAAAAACCAUCCCCAACACCUCCUGAAAACAACAUUGCACAGCCACCUGAAAAAAAAAAAACUGCGAGUUGCAGUGAAUGUCUUUGAAUAUCAUUGUUCUUUCUGGGUUUAUUUGUAGCAGCAGAAAGUUUUCAACUUUGAAGUGUAAGAAACCAAAGAAUUACUUAUAAGUUAAUAAGUAAGUACUAUGGCGGGAGCUAUAGCAGGUGAUGACCUUGCAAGGGCUAUGAGCUUGAGGACAUUGAGCUCGCGGUCAAUGAGCAGGAAAGGGAGCUUUGUGUCUGCAAGCAGGAGAAGUUGGGCUUCUUCCAGUAUUCGAGAGGCGUGGAAUAACCAAGGUGAUAUGUUUCAGAAGAGUGGGAGAGAGGAGGAUGAGGAGGAGCUCAAGUGGGCUGCAAUAGAGCGGUUGGCUACGUAUGAUCGCGUAAGGACGGGACUGCUGCAGCAGGUUUUGGAUGAUGGAAAGGUUGGUUAUGGAGAGGUUGAUAUUACAAAUCUUGCUAUGCAAGAUAAGAAGCAACUCAUGGACAGUAUACUCAAGGUUGUAGAAGAGGAUAAUGAGAAGUUCCUUCUUAGGCUUAGAGAAAGGACAGACAGGGUGGGAAUUGAGAAUCCGAAAAUCGAAAUCAGAUUUGAAAAAUUAUCCAUAGAAGGAGACGCAUAUGUGGGAACCAGGGCACUCCCAACUCUGUUGAAUUCUGCCAUAAAUCUAGUGGAGGGAAUUCUUGGAUUACUUAGAAUUUUCCCAUCUAAGAAAAGAGUUGUCAAGAUUCUUCAUAAUGUGAGUGGAAUAUCAAAACCAUCAAGGAUGACACUUCUUCUAGGGCCUCCCGGAUCAGGAAAAACUACACUGCUGCAAUCACUUGCAGGCAAGACAAAUAAGAAUCUAAAGGUAUCGGGGAAAAUCACUUACUGCGGUCAUGAACUGCAUGAGUUCAUUCCCCAAAGAACAUCUGCUUAUAUAAGUCAGCUAGACCUUCACCACGGUGAGAUGACCGUCAGAGAGACUCUCGAUUUCUCGGGACGUUGCCUAGGAGUUGGCACUAGAUACGACUUGUUGGUAGAAUUGGCAAGACGGGAAAAGCAAUCAGGAAUCAAACCGGACCCUGAGAUAGAUGCGUUUAUGAAGGCCAUAGCCUUGGCGGGACAAAAAACCAGUUUAAUUACAGACUAUGUUCUCAAGAUACUUGGUUUGGACAUCUGUGGUGAUAUAAUGGUGGGUAACGAAAUGAGAAGGGGCAUAUCUGGUGGACAAAAAAAGCGUGUUACUACAGGAGAGAUGUUGGUUGGACCAGCGAAAGCUCUUUUCAUGGAUGAAAUAUCAACCGGUCUUGAUAGUUCCACGACUUUUCAGAUUGUUAGAUUUAUGAGGCAAAUGGUCCAUAUCAUGGAUGUGACAAUGAUUAUCUCCCUUCUGCAACCAGCACCUGAAACCUAUGAUCUGUUUGAUGACAUUAUCUUGCUUUCAGAAGGUCAAAUUGUGUAUCAAGGACCACGUGAGGAUGUACUUGAAUUUUUUGAAAGUGUAGGCUUCAGAUGUCCUGAUAGGAAAGGAGUUGCUGAUUUCCUGCAACAAGUGACUUCCAAAAAUGACCAAGAGGCAUACUGGUGUAGAAAGAAUGAACCUUACCAAUACGUCUCUGUACCUGAGUUUGUAGAGCACUUUAAUUGUUUUUGCAUUGGCCAGAAACUAAAUGAAGAACUGAGAGUUCGUUAUGAUAUAUCUCGUGCCCAUCCGGCUGCACUGGUGAGGGAAAGAUAUGGGAUUCCGAACUGGGAACUCUUCAACACAUGCUUGGCAAGGGAAUGGCUAUUAAUGAAGCGUAAUUCUUUUGUAUAUAUAUUCAAGACAACUCAGAUUACUAUUAUGUCAUUGGUCGCAAUGAGUGUAUUUUUUAGAACAGAGAUGAAGCAAGAAACGUUAAAGGAUGGUGGAAAAUACUUUGGAGCAUUAUUCUUCAGUCUGAUGAAUGUUAUGUUUAAUGGGGUGGCAGAGCUUCCGUUGACUAUAUUUAGGCUUCCUGUAUUUUUCAAGCAAAGGGAUUUCUUUUUCUAUCCUGCAUGGGCGUUUGCAUUACCGAUUUGGCUACUCAGGAUUCCCCUCUCCUUGAUGGAGUCAGGGAUAUGGGUCAUGAUCACUUACUACACCAUUGGGUUUGCUCCUGGUGCUACCAGGUUUUUCCGUCAAUUCUUGGCUUUCUUUGGUGUACAUCAAAUGGCUCUCUCGCUUUUCCGUUUCAUUGCUGCACUUGGAAGGACACAAGUUGUGGCAAACACGCUUGGCAUCGUAACAUUACUUUUGGUUUUUGUACUUGGGGGGUUCAUUGUCGCCAAAGAUGACAUUAAACCAUUCAUGAUAUGGGGCUACUACAUGUCUCCCAUGAUGUAUGGACAGAAUGCCAUCUUCAUCAACGAGUUUCUCGAUGAUAGAUGGAGCAUGCCUAACCCUGAUCCAAAAUUUCCUGAACCAACUGUCGGGAAGGCUCUUCUUAAAAUGAGAGGCAUGUUUGUGGAAGAGUACUGGUAUUGGAUUUGCGUUGCGGCUCUCUUUGGGUUCUCUUUGCUUUUCAACGUCCUUUUCAUUGCUGCACUGACAUUUUUGAAUCCUUUGGGAGAUACUAAAUCAGUUAUUGUGGAUGACGAUGACACUAAGAAGUCAAUCUCCACUGUACAUCAGGAAAAAUCAACAAGAGUAAUGCAUUCAUCAGCUUCUGCCUCAUUGUCUGAAGGUAAUGAGAUGAAAGUGUUGAAUGGUCCAGAUUAUUCAGACGUUAAAGCUAAAGAGCAAACACCUUCUAAACGAGGAAUGGUUUUGCCCUUCCAGUCCCUAUCACUUGCUUUUGAUCAUGUCAGUUACUACGUUGAUAUGCCUGCUGAAAUGAAGACCCAAGGAAUUGUAGAGGACCGACUCCAACUGCUACAAGAUGUUAGUGGGACUUUCAGGCCUGGUAUUUUGACAGCGUUGGUAGGUGUAAGUGGCGCUGGAAAGACCACUUUGAUGGAUGUACUAGCAGGACGGAAGACGGGGGGAUAUAUUGAAGGAAACAUCAGUAUAUCUGGGUACCCAAAGAACCAAGAAACUUUUGCUCGUGUCAGUGGUUAUUGUGAACAAAAUGAUAUCCACUCUCCUAAUGUUACUGUCUACGAAUCCCUUGUGUACUCUGCCUGGCUGCGUCUUCCUAAGGAUGUUAAGAAUGAAGCACGACAUAUGUUCGUUGAAGAAGUCAUGAAGUUAGUUGAGCUCGAUGUACUGCGGGAUUCUUUAGUAGGCCUUCCAGGAGUAAAUGGCUUGUCAACUGAACAGCGGAAGAGACUUACUAUAGCUGUAGAAUUGGUCGCUAAUCCAUCCAUAAUCUUCAUGGAUGAACCAACAUCAGGGCUUGAUGCUAGAGCUGCUGCAAUUGUUAUGCGUACUGUGAGAAAUACAGUGGAUACUGGGCGAACUGUUGUCUGCACAAUUCACCAACCGAGCAUAGAAAUUUUUGAAGCUUUUGAUGAGCUGUUCUUGAUGAAGAGAGGGGGACAAGUCAUAUAUGCUGGAUCGCUUGGGCGAUGUUCCCACAAACUAAUAGAAUACUUUGAAGCUGUUCCAGGGGUGCCCAAGAUUAAAGAUGGUUACAACCCCGCUACAUGGAUGCUUGAAGUCAGUUCUACUGCAGUUGAGGCUCAACUUGGUGUAGAUUUUGCAGAAAUUUAUGCCAACUCCAAACUGUAUGAGAAGAAUCAGGAACUCAUCAAAGAGCUAAGUACUCCAGCACCAGGAUCCAAGGACCUUCUUUUCCCCACCAAAUACUCUCAGGACUUUAUUACUCAAUGCAAAAUUUGCUUUUUGAAGCAGCUCUGGUCUUAUUGGAAGAACCCACAAUACAAUGCUAUAAGAUUCUUGACCACUGCACUUAUUGGUACCCUUUUCGGAUUGAUUUUCUUGAACAAAGGAAACCAGACGCACAAGCAACAAGACCUUAUGAAUCUUCUUGGAGCUACUUAUUCUGCUAUCUUCUUCCUUGGAGCAAGUAAUGCUUCCUCAGUGCAAUCGGUUGUGGCAAUUGAAAGAACAGUCUUCUACCGUGAAAGAGCUGCUGGGAUGUACUCCGAAUUGCCAUACGCAUUUGCUCAGGUUGCCAUAGAAGUAAUUUAUGUUGCAAUACAAACAUUAGUGUAUACUAUACUGCUUUUCGGGAUGAUUGGAUACGACUGGGAGCUCAAGAAGUUCUUGUGGUUCUACUUCUUCGUAUCAAUGAGCUUUACAUACUUCACACUAUACGGAAUGAUGAUUAUAGCUCUCACUCCAAGCCAACAAGUUGCUGCUAUUGUAAAUUCUUUCUUCAUAAGCUUUUGGAACCUGUUCGCUGGUUUCCUCGUCCCCAGAACGGAAAUGCCAAUAUGGUGGAAGUGGUACUACUAUGGUUCUCCGGUGGCUUGGACAAUCAAUGGCCUUGUGACCUCCCAGCUUGGCAACAAGGAAAGUCCGGUUGAUGUCCCUGGAGAAGAUUCGAUGUCAGUAAAGCAGUACCUGAAGACGUACUUUGGAUUCGAGUAUGACUUUCUUGGAGCAGUUGCUGCUGCUCAUAUCGGCUUUGUUCUUGUUUUCAUGUUUGUAUUUGCUUAUGGAAUCAAGUUCCUCAACUUCCAAAGGAGAUAGAAUAUGCAUGAAAGGUUGAUAAAUUAUUUUCUGGAUGCAAUAUUCUAGUAAUCAAUGUAAAUAAGAGUGAAGAGCCACUAUGUAUUCAAGAAUUCUUACUUCUUUGUGUGGUCAUUCAUUGUUGUAGUUACUUGACUGAUCUUUGCUCUUGAUUUCAAUAAAAUCAAUAUGCUUCACAUUA